AUGGCCUCCAGAGUCGCAGCCUCCUGCCUGGGCACCAAAUCGACCUCCGUCUCCGCAGUCUCGCACAUGCAAAGCUGCUCCCGGCUCGUCCAGAAGCCCGCCUUCGCCGCAAGACUCAGCGCCCCGGCCUUCACCCGUGCCAGGCCUUCGAGAGCCUUCACCACCUCCGUGCGUGCAGCAGUCGGCACCAUGCCUGGAACCGUGUACGAUUUCUCCGUGACGGUGCGGCGGGGUCGGGAGCUGGGAGGUGGGCUGGAACUUGCCUGGAAGCAGGGUUUCCACGGUCUACCCCUUUUGCGACCAUGGCCCCCGGCCCUUUUCAACCUGCAGAGCAUCGAUGGCCAGAACGUCCCUCUGAACCGCUACAAGAACAAGGUCCUGCUGAUCGUGAACGUUGCCUCACAGUGCGGUUUCACGCCCCAGUACCUUGAGCUGGUGGAGCUGCAGAGCAAGUUCAACAGCAAGGGUUUCGAGGUCCUCGCCUUCCCCUGCAACCAGUUUGGGAAGCAGGAGCCCGGUACCGCCGAGGAGAUCAAGGCCUUUGCCAAGAGCAAGGGGGCCAACUUCCCCCUGUUUGCCAAGAUCAAUGUGAACGGCAGCGAUGCUGACCCUUUGUGGAAGUGGCUCAAGGGCGAGAAGGGCGGUUUCCUGGUGGACGGAAUCAAGUGGAACUUCACCAAGUUCCUCGUCGACAAGGAGGGCAAGGUGGUGAAGCGCUAUGGCAGCACCACCACGCCCGGCGCCAUCGCCGACGACAUCGCCAAGCUGGUGUGA